AUGGCUGUCGUCCUCCAUGCUUCUGCGUUGUCUGGGGUGUGCCAAACUGCGUUCCGUGCUGAACUUGCUGCUGUUGCGUAUGUCUUGCAUUGGGCGGCUCGAACCGGCAUUGCUGUUCGUGUUUGGUCGGAUUGCUCGGGGGUGGUUAACAAGGUGAAGCUGAUGUGCAAUGGGCGUUUUCGCCUUGGUGUCAAUCGGCCCAACAGCGACUUGUGGAUUUGGAUUGCUGCUUCAUUGGAUGACAUUGGGGUGGAUCGGGUUCAAAUCCGUAAGGUUGCCGCCCACCGCACUCUGCAAAGUGCCCGGACGGCAGAUGAGAUGUGGCAAUUCUUUCACAAUGGUUAUGUGGAUAAGGCUGCCCGCCUUGCAAAUCAAGCGAGGCCGGAACAGUUUUGGAAGCUUUGGGAACAACAUGUGCAGGCGACUCAGGCAGCUCAGAAGCUUGUCAAUCAGGUUCAAGCUCUUCACGUUGCAAUUGGCCGCCGCCAUGUUUUGUCGGAAGAGGAAGCAGACCAAGGUACAGAGGUGCCGCAGCGGAGCACCAGACAGUUUGAGAUGAAUUUUUCUCUUGGACGUUGGUUUGGUCAUGCGCUGCCCGAUUCAUCUCGGUUGUUUGGGACGACCCAUGUUUCAAGAGUGGUGAGAUGGUUUACAGAACGGAUUCGUGACACUACAGCAGAUGAUUUGCGUUGGGUGUCGUUUGCACAGUUGUAUCUGGACUUUCAGAUGUGCUGGGGACUGCCAGGUCCAUUGCGAGUCCAAAAUCAGUGGGUCGACAUCAGCAUGCGGCCCCAUCUCACUACAUCUGGUUUUUCGUUCAAACAGCAGGUGAAAUGGUUCAGGCAACUCUUGAAAUCGGUGUGGAGGGAAGCCUCAGCGCACAUCGCAAUGGAGCAAUGCAGGCAUUUGUUCAAUGUGCCUCGCUUCCGUGGGCACCUUUUGCGCUCCAUACGGUUGACAACUGGCUUGCUGCUAAUCUGGUUCAACCGUGCACACGGAAUGCUGCCGCCCUUCUCCGCCUACCUGCUCCCUCGCAAU